CAGAAAAGGAACUCACUCACCAUUCUCGCAACAGUCCCGCGAUAAUAUCGAGUCAAGAUGGAGCCCACCAGUACCAGCAAGUUUGCCACCGAGAUGGCCCACGGCAUGCAGGCGCUCAGCAUUACCCCAAACCAGUCGGCCAUCAAGUCUCCCAAAUCUGGUCAUAAUGUCGCUGUUCGCUCUGCUCUGAGCGACCCUGGACCGUCUACAAUGCACUCUCAAAGCUCGCCCCUGCGACCGUCCACCCAAACCACCGAGCCGACCAUGCCCGGCCCGUCCAGCAGCCCCGCGGGACCAAAGGUCAACAUCACAUUUAUCCACCCAUCUCGAGCCCAGGAGGCUGAGCACUUCCCUCACAUUUGCCAACACCCCCAUCCGUUUCCAGGGCAUUACAAGACCCACCGGCAUCGCCCUAUCUCCCAAUCCGCCCGCGAUCGCCCUUGCGAGAAGCACACCGCUGCUCAACACCACAUGCGCAACCGCCACUCGACUUUAAUGGCUAUGGGUGGGAACAUGGACCAUCCGCUUCCCAAGCAUUGUAUUCGCAAUAGAAUGAAGCUCGAACACAUGAGAGAGCAGCGCAGAGAUCUGAUUGCCAAACUUCGUGCGCACAUCAACGUCAGAGUGGACACCCUCAACCAAGAAUUGACCUUGUGCUCUUUGUCUUCUCUUUCUUUGACGGAAGAGCCGAAGAAGACCUUAUCUGCUCCUGAAGACGAUUUGGAGCAUUUACUGGCGGGAAUUCGAGAGAGAACUGGUUUGAUGAGGGAGGACGCGUCCGUGGGGGGUAGUGGUGAGGAUGAGGAUGUCAUGGAGGAGUGAACAGGAUCGCCAGAGUUGUACAUCAGAGGAGGGCAAGAGGCAUACAGAACGCAGACAGG